UGUAUAAUUUAUUGGUUGUCAUACCAUACCAUGGAAAAUAGUCUGAAAUGUAACGCGGAACUGGUAAUAACAGAUUGGAUUAAAGUAUUCAUACAAUAACUAUUAAUUUAAUUUUAGUGAAUGUAUACCUAUGUAUACAUUCACUAAAAUUAACACUCCCGUACCGACGCCAGGCCGAAAUGAGACUCGUCGUGCAACUCAACGACGUCAACGACAACAGACCGCAGUUCGAGAGGGUGGACUGCGUGGGCUACGUCCCGCGCCGCGUCGCCAUCGGCUCGGAAAUAGUGACGCUCUCGGUUAUUGACUUUGAUGCUGGCGACGUGGUUUCUUAUCGAAUCGUCGGCGGCAAUGAUGAUAAUUGCUUCUCGUUGGAUUCGAGCACGGGCGUGGUGAGUCUCGCCUGCGAUCUGAACGACAUCCGAGCCGACUCCCGCGUGCUGAACGUGAGCGCGACAGACGGGACACCUUCGCUGUAUAGAAAGUUCAUUGUUAAUUCCGUAAAUUUUGAUAAUUUUAUAAUAAGUAAAACAAAAAAAAUCGAAAAUGCAAAAUGUUGCAAUCGUUCCAUUCAUGCAUACAGUAAUGACUAUUAUUACUAUUAGUAUAUAUGUUAUUAUAUCAUUUAAUACAUGUUGCCUUUAA